AUGCUAACGCAUAUUGUAGCUGGCUAUUUCACCGUGGAACAAUGCCUGCUCGACAAUGUGCCGCUGCUCGCGCGCAACUUGCACAUUUCGGAGCGUGCGGCACUGUUGAUGCGGAACACGAUCCAGCGCGAGGCAGCUGCAAAGCCAGUUUGUUUUGCAGACAUGGUAUAUACGAUGAAUACGUCCGAGUAUGUGCCGGGGACACCGGAGCAGGACGAAGGCACCGUUCGCCGUGGCCACCAAGGCUCGCCCAUUGCGAUGCGCGGCGGAGUGGGCGAGUUGCCGCGGCACCCUGCGAUGGAACCACAUGCCAACGAUAUGCUAUCUACGGGAUGUGGCGCGCUGGAUACGCAUCUGGGCGGAGGGUACGCCAAAGGCGUCGUCACCGAGUUGAUUGGGGAAAGUUCGUCGGGCAAGUCGCAGCUGAUCCUAUUUACUGCUGCGCGCACCGCACUGGGACGUUCGCAUGAGCAUGGCCACGGCGUUGCGUUGAUCUGCACGCGGGGCGAAUCUGCAGCACGGCACAUGGUCGAUCGCAUGGUGGAAAUGGCGCGCGCCAUGCUCCAAGACGAGUGCAAACGCCGCGAUGACGGCGAGGCGGCGGCCAAAGCGCACGUCGAAGCGGGUAUAGAUUGCAUGCUUCGCAAUGUACAUAUCGCGAGUGCUUUCACGUUUGACUCGGCAGAGCACGUAUUGUGCUAUACGCUGCCUGGACUCGUCUACCGACUUCGUACAGAGUGCGACGGAUCGGCUAUUUCGCUGCUGGUCGUCGAUAGUGUUCCCCCACUGUUGCAAGACGAUUUGCUCGAGCAGAAAUCGGUGCAGCAAACGACGUACCGCGUCCGGCUCCAGCGUCUCCACUCGCUUGCCGUAUGGCUGCGCCGGCUCGCGGUGGGUGAUGCACAGUGCCCUAUUGCCGUCGUCGUUAUCAACCAUGUGAACGACGCGUUUGACUUGGAUAUUGCCUUGGCGCGCAAUGCCAUGGCCCAGGGAAUGCUGCCCGUAUCGGCGGAUACACGCGUCGAGCUUAGCGCCACACCAGCAGACCCAAGCCAAGUUCUUCCCCUAGCAUACUCGACGCAGGCCGCAAAUUUCUCGGGCCUUCUCGCGUCUGUUCCUUGCACGGAUGCGAGCCCAUUUCACGUGGAGACAGAUUUAAAAAUUGCACAGCUCGGCUUGCUAUGGGCGAACUGCGUAAAUGCUCGGUACCUCGUCGCUACCGCGAUGCGGCUGGACCCACAGGCUGCGCCGCUGCGCCGCUUACGUGUUGUAUUCUCGCCUACCUGCACUUCGAAUGCGAAUGAAUUCUAUUUCGGCGUUGGACGCGAUGGAAUCUACACAGAAGCAUUCUAG